AGCUGAUGGAAAAAAAACACACACACACUGAGAAAAUCAAAUCUUAGACUUUCUUGUCUUUUUUUUUUGCUUUCAGAUUCGAUUUUGGAGAAUGUUCUAGUUCAUGGCUGCUGCAUCCUACCUCUCCUCUCAACACUUGCUGCACAUAUACGGAACAAGGAAGUUGUACACCUGCUGCUUUCGUCCGUUCAUUCAGCUUCCAACGUUUAGCACAUUUCCUCCGAGAGGACAGAGUUUGUUUUCGAGGUUCAUAAUGGCAAACGAAGAGGAAGGAGUUCCCACAGAGAAGCAGCAGAGCCCGCUCAGCUCCUCCUCCAGCGGACCAGAGGACUCUCCGGAGGCCGCUGGCCGGGCUGAGGUCGCCGGGGAGCAGAAGACGGAUCCCGGGGCGUCUCGCUCCCAGCUCGGUAACCUCCCCGCGGAUUCCUGCCUGCAGCACUUCAAAAUGAGGAAGUUCUUUGUGUUGAGGCCCGGCACUCUCAAUCAGGCCGUCAAAGACGUCGAAGCUCUGGUGAACAAGGAGGAAGAUGGCAGCAUUCACGGCACCUGGCUGAUGGCAGAAGUCGAUCACUGGAACAACGAGAAGGAGCGCCUUGUUGUCAUCACCGACAACACGCUUCUGAUCUUCAAGUACGACUUCGUCCUGCUCUGCUGCGAGCAGAUUCAGAAGAUCCAGCUCAACUACAUAGACCGCAUCGCUCACGGUUCCUUCAGCUUCCCAAAGCGCUCGCUGCUCAAGAGAGACGGGGAUGGAGUGCGCAUCUUCUGGGACCGGCUGAGGGAACCCUCGUUCAGUUCCAGGUGGAACCCUUUUGCCAACGACUUCCCCUUCACCACGUUCACUCACCACCCUGUGAGGAACAUCGACACCUUGGCUGCUCUCUGUGACAUACAGACUUUUUCCGAGAGGCUCAAGGAUGCAGCUGAGAGAGCCCACAUCAGAAAGCCGAUUCCUGGGAAAGCCAACGGCGUCCUGGUCCUGCAGCAGCCAAUCUACAUCGAGGCGUACGUGGGCGCCAUGUCCUUCCUCGGAAACCAGAACAAACUGGGCUACUGCAUGGCCCGAGGAAACCUCGGAUUUUAAACUUGGUGUAACUUUUUCGAUGUUUGGGAUGUUUUCUCUGAUAUUUUUAUUUUUUUUUUAAAUCUCGAAAGUUAAUGGAAACCUUCCAAAAGCGGGUCAAAGAUUUGUUUUUGUUUGCUUCUUCUGAAGGUUGGGUCCCCGGCGCUCUUCAUUCACUGCCGUGUGAUUCUCAGACAUAUUCCCGGUUUCAGAGCAGUUCUCCUUUCCUUUCUGGCUUAAAGCAGCUUUCCCCCCCGCUCCCUUUUCACCCCAGCGAUAUGGUAAUUCAACUCUUUCGCAACGAGACUCUUUUCUUCCUCCCCCGGUUUUUCUGUUAGGAGCUCAUUCCCCAUGCCAUUCGGCCCCUUAGAGAGUCACUGGAGCAUAGGGGCUCAUUUGUCAGCUUAGUUUUUAUCAUUCUCUGUGUAUUUUUGCAGUGCAUACAGUUGAGGAAUUUCCCUUAGUUUCGUGAGUUUGCAUCUUGGUGCCCAUGAUGUUCUUUUUAAUGCCUUGUUUGGUUUAUUUCCUCAUAAGAAUCGGUUUCCCUCUUUUGUGUUCUUUACAGAAGAACAUGCUGCCUUUUUUUUGUUGUUAAUCAUUUUAUUUCUUGGGUUACAGCUGGUUUGUCUUAACAUUCCAGCCUGUGUUUGUUGAUUUCUACAAUGGAAGAGCAGAUUAAGUCUUUACAAGGCA